AUGUUGGCAAGCGAGCAACAGGCAGUGCCUGUUGCUAAAAGUACACGUGGUGAGCCGCCACGUGCGAUAGAUAAAUCCGCCGCAUCUGCAGCGGGUGCUGUGACUCGCAGUACUGAUGAGCCUGAACUAGAGCUCAUCCUUUCUGGCGAUUCGGAUGCAUCGUACGACUCAAAGGCGGCACCUCCUUCCUCCGGGUCAUCCGGGGCGAACACUGUAAGAGACAGGUUGAUUGGCUCGGGGAAACAUGGCGGUAUCAUGUCCGAGAUCUUCGAAUAG